AUGUCUGGCAACCCGUUUCAACCCCUAGCUGCUCAUCUCCAAACACCUACUACACCCCGGAGACAGUCUAAUGCGCCAGGCUCCAGCUCGACAGCAGCACCACCUCCGGUGACACCUUCUGGCAAUGUGAACGGUAAUGAUCAGAACGGACAGCAUUCACAGCCUCGUCGGCGAAAGAAUCAUCGUGGCGGAGCCAAGAAAAAGCGCAAUCGGCGCAAGUCGUUUGCUGUCUUACCCGAGGAGUCGCACGACGAAGCUCCGGAAGCCACACCCGAGAGACAAGAAUUCUAUCUCCAUCGCUCCAAUUUAAGCAAUACCAGCAUUGAGAGCGAGGCUCUAUUAGAUCACAGAGACCAGCAAUCUCUCCGGACUCGACGACCUUCCAUCAUGACGCCUUCCGGCCCUUUUCCCACCACGACACCACAGACGAGCAGUCGAUUGCGGAACGCCUACGUCAAUGACAGCGGAGAGGAUGGGGAGCAGUCAUGGGACGAGGGUGCACCUCUCUUGUCUAGGUCAAUUCAGCGUACCGCAACAGCUCCGGUGUUUCCAGGCUACGGCUCAGGCGAUCCCCGGCAACGUGUGAGCCGACGCGGAUCCAGCAGGUCUUCAAGAACGAAGCUUGCGCCGUCUUUUCCAGGAGAAAGUUACAACGUCAAUUAUCCCCCGUCCAUGCCGGGGUCGCCACAAUUCCGACCUUCCGAUCCACUAAACCUGAGUUUUGGAGAUGUUAUGAUUCACGACGACGAAAUCGAUAUUCGUGCAUCACCUCGCGGCAGCCGCAAUGACAGCGUUGGGUCUCUUUCCGACCGCGAAGGCCGAAAUGAGUCAUCGCCCGACUUGGCACGAAGGAAUACCAUCGCAUUGACAGCUCAAGAAGAUGUCUGUUUCCCGAGCGGGAUAUCUGAGAUCGGGGAGGAGGAACUGCACUCACAGGACCCCACGGUAAAGCCCCGGCCGAGGCGUCGCCGUCGCCGUUGGCCUGACCUGUCCAUUCUUGAAGAAUGGAGUCGCUUUGAAAAGGAAGGGCGGUCCGAGGAGAGACGCGUCAAGCGAAUUACUGAACCUCAACUCAUCAAUGGUCGCUUACGCCCAGUUACCCGGGAAUGGUAUCGAGCCGAGGAGGAGUCUCCCUACCGAUUCACGUACUUCAACGAAGAGUUUCAGAGUACCAUUCACAGCCAGACCAUUUCAGAGCUUGUCCAGCCAGGUGGGAAUUUCCAGGAGCUGUUUAUCCCUGAGCCCCGUAUCCUCUCCGAUGAUGAGAGUGAGGACAGUGAUGAGGAUGGCGAUCCGAUACCUUUGUCACAGGUCAACACCCAACACUCGCACGGUGGUCAGAAUGGAGAAUCCAGGGCACCAACACGGCAACCAUCUUUGGCAAAUACUCAACCAAGAGACGGUGUCGCAUCCCCAGAAAAGAACUCGGGCGGUAGCUCACGAGCCGGGUCAGUUCACCGCACACCCACGGGUGUCAGAUCUCCUGUCGUGGGCAAUCAGACCACUCAAACACCGGAGCUGCUCGUGAAAGCACCGAGGUAUGGCGAAAGACCUGUGUGGUGGCUCGAUGUUCUUAGCCCAACGGAGGCAGAGAUGAAGGUCCUGUCUAAGGCUUUUGGAAUUCACCCACUUACAGCAGAAGAUAUCAUGGUUCAGGAGGCACGAGAAAAGGUAGAACUGUUCCGCCAUUACUACUUCGUCAACUACCGAUCCUUCGAUCAGGACCAAAACAGCGAGGACUACCUUGAACCUGUCAACAUGUAUGUGGUUGUCUUCCGUGAAGGCGUCAUCAGCUUCCACUUCUCUAUGACACCACAUCCCGCCAACGUCCGUCGGAGAAUUCGACAGUUGAAGGACUAUCUUAUUGUCAACUCGGAUUGGAUUUCGUAUGCGAUCAUCGAUGACAUCACGGACGUUUUCGUGCCCUUGAUUCAAAACAUUGAAGACGAGGUUGAUGAUAUUGAUGAUGCUAUUUUGAGGCUUCACUCUCACUCCGAAGAUUCCAAGAAUGACAUGUUUGACGAAAAGGCAAGCAACACAGGGACAACAGUUGGUUCUGAAGGAGACAUGCUUCGACGUGUAGGUGACUGCCGCAAGCGCGUCAUGAGUUUGUACCGUCUACUGGGCAACAAGGCGGACGUUAUCAAAGGGUUCGCAAAGCGCUGUAAUGAGCGCUGGGAAGUUGCUCCAAGGUCUGAUAUCGGACUGUAUUUGGGUGAUAUACAAGAUCAUAUCGUGACCAUGACGUCCAAUCUUAGUCACUAUGAAAAAAUCCUUGCCCGGUCUCACGCCAACUAUCUCGCGCAGAUAAACAUUCGCAUGAACGAGCGCCAGGAGCAGACGGCUGACGUCCUCGGCAAGCUAACGGUCCUAGGUACUAUCGUGCUUCCCAUGAACAUCAUCACCGGUUUGUGGGGUAUGAACGUGUGGGUUCCUGGUCAAGAAUACGAGGGCGACCUCAAAUGGUUCUGGGCCAUCACGGCAGGCCUUUUGGCGUUUGGCCUGGCGUGUUACAUGAUUGCGAAGCGAGUUUACAACAUUGUAUAA